AUGAACCUCGAGCCGCCCACGCUCCGUUCCUCGGAGGAAGAGAACGGACUGCGAAGGGCGCUGGAAAUCGUCAAGAAGCAAGGGGACUUCUACAAGCGUCAGCAGGGCCUAUCCCCGCUGUCGUUCGCGCUAGGAUUGUUCAACGUCGGAUGGAGCGCGUUCUGCCUGGGACGCUUCGUGCAGUACUACUGGGUUUGGCAGGUGGUCAAGUCGGUGAUGCUCAACUACCUGUCCUAUAGCAUCAAGCUCAAGAAUCACCAGCGCCUGUAUCUCAUGGACCUGUGCCACUGGCUCUCGUUUGCCUACUCCAUCGUUGGCUCCAUCAGCCUCGCGGCGUGGGCCAUCCCCGGUUUGAAAGAGGGGCUCGCGCCCGUGACCUCUUCGCCGUACGUGUUCCGCGCUUGCUUCUGCCUCGCGAACGGCCCGCUUGGUUGGGCCGUCCCGGCACUGGCCAACGCGCUCAUCCUUCACAGCGUCGAGCACACCGCUGCGCUGUUCAUUCACAUAUCGCCGCCGAUGGUAAUGUGGGCCAUGAGAUGGCACGCUGCUGAGCACGAGGCGGCGUUCCCGGGCAUACUUCCCAUGCCCCUGGAUGCCGCGAACGGCUCGGGGUUGGGGUAUGUCGAGUUGAUCACCCCCGCGAUGACCGUGUACGCGGUGUGGUGGAUUGUUCACGUCGCUUGGCUCGUUUCGCACGGUCGAUACCACGGGCACUCCAACACGUCGGGAUCCAGCCACGAUACCGUGUUUCACAUGACGUUGCGCGGCAAUAAGGUCCUCAGUCGGUGGGUCGGGUACGACAACGAUCGACCGGCAGAUAUCGGGCCGUGCGUCAGGUACAUGGUACUGCACGCCGCGGCGUGUCUUUUGGUCACGCUCGUCGCUCCAGUCUUCUGGUACAACUUUUGGGCGCACACCUGUUUUGUCCUCAUGCUCCUAGCUUCCUCCAUCUGGAACGGUUCCCGAAGGUACUACGGGAUGAUGACGUCGAGCUAUGAGCGUAGGCUGAAAGCGCUGCUGCCGGAGCAUGCGAGGGACAACGCGCCCAGCGAGGCUCCCAAGAAGCACGAGCAUGUGGAAUAA